AAAUCGGCCGGACCCCGAUCAGACCAUUAAACCUCAAACCCCUUGCUUGACCGGCUCAAUGACUUAAACCGGUUUGACAACCUUGGGUAGAAUAGAUGCAAUGUUUCGUCCGGAUAAUGGCAGAAAAGCUUUAGUUGAUGGUGAUGGGUUUAUACGAUCCCCAAGAGAUGUCCCUCUGGCUUCUAGUGCUAUUUCAAGGAGUGGUGAACUGGUGAUAUUGUGGGAUGUGAGAAUUUGUGUGGUCAAUAUAAUAUGAUGGUUGUUGAAAAGGGUGAAGGUAGCAAAGAUGUGGAUACGUUUGGUGGGUUUGGAGUUGGUAGAAGAGGUGGUGGGGCAAAGGGUUGAAAGGGUUGGACUGGCCCACGGUUUUGCAAGAAAGGAAGAAGGUUUAGGAGUUGAGUUAGUUGGCCCAAUCGUGGCCCUCUUCCCACAUAAAUUGAUAUCCAUAACCCAAGUAUUGUUUCAGCUUUGGUGGGCUGAUUUGAUUAAAGACUCUACAGAUGAAGAUAGAAGAAUGGAAGCCACGAGUUCACAGGGAUCAGAAGAGCUUGCAAUGUUUCGGCUUAGUUGGUUUUUGUCCCAAUUUGUUGAUUUAAGGUUGGAAGAAUCAAGCGAGUCCCCAGACAUCGCAAGGGAAGAAACUCUUCAUGAGGUGUUACUUAGAAGGAAAAAGACUACUUCUCGAUCCCCUCAAGAAAUAGCUCUUCGCCAACUAGGAAUCGAGGGGACUGAUGUCACUGCCCUUGUGUCAGCAGGUCGUCCACGCAGGAAUGGGUAUGCUCCUCUUCGUCUUACUUAUGAUCCUUAUGUUGGUGUCCUGGAAUGUUAGAGGUUUAAGGGAUCCGAGGAAGCAAUAUUCCAUUAGAGAUUUUCUUGGUCCUAUUCGACCUUCGAUUUUUUGCUUCCAAGAAACAAAACUUGAAAGUUGCACGGAUUCUAUUGUUGGGGUACUUGGUGGUCGGUAUGGAAUGGGUUGGGUGGACAAACCAUCGAGAGGUCUCUCAGGUGGUCUUUUGGUGGCUUGGGAUAAGUUGGUGUUUGAUAUGGAAUGUCAUUGGGUGGGCAGGUUUUGUUUAGUGACAGUGUUUACAUGUCGAGAUAAUGUUUUUAAGUGGGUUUUGAUUAAUGUUUAUGGACCGAAUGACAGUAGUGAACGCUCGAUUUUCUUUGAUGAAUUGACGUCAUGCCUGUCUUGGUGGUCUUUUCCUGCUUGUGUGGUGGGAGACUAUAAUGUGGUUCGUCUCAAGAUGAUUUUGUUGGAGGGCCAAGAAAUUCGGCAGAUAUGGAAAGGUUUAAUGACUUCAUUGGAGAGCACGCCCUUUUGGAUCUCCCCAUGCUCGGAUAGCAGUUCACUUGGUCAAAUCAACAAUCAAACCCUUCAUUAUCUCGCUUGGAUAGGGUGUUGGUCUCUUCUUAUUGGGAGAGUGAGUUCCCUCAAUGUUGUUUGAAAUCGUUUGUUAGAGUGGGUUCAGAUCAUUGUGCUCUUCUGUUGUCUUGCGGAGAAGAGUGAGUUAUUCAUCGACCAUGGAGGUUUGAGUUUAUGUGGGCUGGCCAUGAUGAUUUUGAGGUUCAGUUAGGUAAUUGGUGGGUUGGCGAGAUUGAGGGAUUUGGGGUUUCUUUAAGUGUGCCAAGAAACUAAAGCACUUGAAAGCACACAUUAAAAAGUGGAAUGUAGAGGUCUUCAAACACGUGGAUCAGGAAAUCAGUCUCACCCUUCAAAAUAUUGCAGAAUUCGAUUUGUUAGAAGAAGUUGGCGUUUGGUCAGAGGAAGAUAGAGCACAUCGUGGUAUAUUGAAAUGUCAUUUGGCUCGGUUAUGGAAGAUAAAAGAAAUUUCUUGGCGUCAGAAAUCUGGAGAGACUUGGGUCAAGUGUGGGGAUCAGAAUACUUCAUUCUUUCACAAGGUUGCUAACUUUAAUCGGAGAAGAAAUUUUGUGGAUAAUAUUUGGGUGGAUGGGGUUCUUUGUUCGGGUCAAGCUCAAGUGGCAAGUGUUGUUGUGUCCUAUUAUGAGUCUAUAUUUCAAGAGGUUCGUCCUAGGAGACCUUUUCCCUUUGGUAUUGAGUUUCCAUCUCUUCCACGACAUGCAAUAAACUCCUUAUUGUAGACUUUCAAUGAAGAGGAAGUGUGGAGGGUGAUUAAGAAAAGUAAAGGGGAACAUGCACCCAUGCCCGAUGGUUUCCCAAUGGGGUUUUUUAAGAAAUUUUGGCGGAUCGUGAAAUCAGAUGUGGUAAAUGCUUUGAAAGAGUUUUAUGCGACUGGGAGUCUGCCGAAGAGUGUUCACCACACAUUCUUGUGUCUUAUCCCCGAGAAGGAAGCUAUCAGUGAUAUUCGAGAUCUUAGACCUAUUAGCUUGGUAUCCAGUCUCUACAAGAUUCUUUCAAAGGUGCUUAUGGAAAGAUUAAAGGUUUUAAUGGGAGGCUUGGUGGCGGUUGAACAAUGUGCCUUUGUGGGUGGUCGACAAAUUUUGGAUGCGAUUCUUAUUUCAAAUGAGCUUAUUGACUCUAGGAAGCGAGCUGGAAGACCAGGCUUAGUUUUCAAGUUGGAUAUAGAGAAGGCAUACGAUCACGUUAAUUGGGAGUGCCUCUUUUCUGUCAUGAAGAGGAUGAGUUUCCCUGCUCUAUGGAUAUCGUGGAUUCGAGGGUGUAUCACUGCAAGCACUUUCUCUGUUCUUGUGAAUGAGAAAGCUUCUGGUUAUUUUUCAAGCAAAAGAGGACUAAGGCAAUUCUUUUCAUCCUGGUGAUGGAGGUUCUAUCUGGCAUUUUGAGGACUUUACAGUCUCACGGUUUGGUUGAGGGAUUCUUUAUGAAUGAAGGACUGAGAACAGG